AUGGCGACCUUCUCGACUCUCGGGGCCCGAUCGGCUCGCCUCGGCUGCUCCGCUGGUAUCCAGCAGCGUCUGCUGGCGCUCUCACCAGCAUCAUCCAAGCAGCGCACAUCAGUGAUCUCGUCCUUGCUCGCGGCCCGCCGCCUCGCCAGUAGUUCCGCCGCCAACGACACUGUCGCCGGAGCCUCGUCAACAUCGUCGUCUGGAAACGAGCGCGAGCCCUCUGCCAAGCCGAUUGUCGGCUGGUGGUAUCUGUUUUCGGGAUCGCUGGUCUUUGCCAUCGUUGCCCUCGGAGGCGUCACCCGCCUCACCGAGUCUGGCCUCUCGAUCGUCGAAUGGAACCUGAUCAAGGGCAUGAAGCCUCCCACAAGCCAGCAGGAGUGGGAAGAAGAGUUUGAAAAGUACAAGCAGUUUCCCGAGUACAAGCUUCUCAACCACCACAUGACCCUCAAUGAGUUCAAGAGCAUCUUCUACUUUGAGUGGGCCCAUCGCAUGCUAGGCCGCUUCAUCGGCCUCAGCUUCAUCAUCCCCGGUGCCUUCUUUGCCUACAAGGGUUGGAUGUCUCGCUCGAUGAAGAUUCGCUCGUUGGUCUGCGCUACGCUUAUCGGAUGCCAGGGUGUUCUCGGCUGGUACAUGGUCAAGAGCGGUCUGGACCACGAGCUCAUGGAAACCCCUGGCGCCGUCCCUCGUGUCUCGCAGUACUGGCUCGCCGCUCAUCUCGGCAGUGCCUUUGUCAUCUACCUGUUCAUGCUCAGCAAUGGUUUCCAAAUCUUGCGCGACAACCGACUCAAGUCCCUCGAGGUGGGUUUCUCUCUCAAGGCCAUCGUCAACAACCCUCAGCUCAACAGUUUUAGGCGCAACACCCACAUUGUUGCCGGCCUGGUCUUCCUGACUGCCAUGUCCGGCGCUUUUGUCGCCGGUCUGGACGCCGGCCUGAUCUACAACGAAUGGCCUACCAUGGGCGGCGGCUUUGUGCCCUCGGACAUCUGGGCCCACUCAACGGCCUCGCCGACCAACCCCAACCCCAAGGCUUUCUGGCGCAACUUUUUGGAGAACCCCGCCACUGUGCAGUUCGACCACCGUAUUUUGGCCUAUGUCACCUUUGCCGGCAUUAGUUCGCUUUGGUUCAUGUCGCGCCGACUGCCUCUCCCACGCGGCGCUCGCCUUGCCGUGAAUACGCUACUCGGUGUCGCCGUUGCCCAGGUCUCCCUGGGCAUUGCCACCCUGAUCUACUUUGUUCCCGUUCCUAUCGCUGCUGCUCACCAGAGCGGAUCGCUCACCCUGCUCACUGUUGUGCUGUGGCUGAUGCACACCCUCAAGUACAUCAAGUAG